AUGCCUUCACAACAGCCUACGGUCCUCCGUCCGAGCUGGCAAAAAAUUCCAUCAAUUUUCUCCACUAUCCAGUCAUACAUCCCAGCAAUAGAGUGGUUCUACUACUUGACCUAUAUCUCGCACAUAAUAUGCAAGUCCGAGUCAGCCCAUAUCGCUAAAGCCAACCUCAUAUGCUUACUGCGCGCUCGUCCGACCAUCCAGAUGUGGCACGAAGCACUACUCUCUGAGAUGUAUGAUGAUGAUGAACCCAACCUGCCAUCAAUGCUGAAGGGUACAAAUUUCUUGAGACCGUCGGUACAAAGAUUCUAUGAACAUACCGCGCAGAGGUUUGGGCUCAUGACAAGGGCGGAUAUCUUCGUCGCGCGGUGCGUGGUCGUAGAUUCUAUCUACAGGAAUUUAGACGAUGCACAAGGAGCUGCUGAAGCGGCCGAAGAGGCGAAACGAAAAAAUUUAUUACAAGAACAGGGAAAAUUAGUACAACAAAAGCAAAAGGCCCGAGAAAUUUCACUAGCUGUGCAUCUCCGCUUCGGAAGCCCGAGAACAGGUGCGCCGCCUGUCGGUCAGAUCGGGGUGAAUGAUCUCGCUGCGCUCUUAGCUGCGAUUUCGUUGCAACUACCUCCUGAGCUACCCGUUCGGGCUGAGCCCGUACUCUUCACAUUGCCACUACCUAAGCAGAAAGCCUCGUGGGUGAGAGGUCUUGCCCGCAGUCUGUCCCAGCUAAUGUCAUAG